GCAAGACGUCGUCCCCAAAGUAUAAAAGACGUAAGAUUGAAAGAAUGUCGGAAUCUGAGGAGGAUAUGUAUGAUUAUGAUUCCUAUAAAAGUACAGAAGACGACACUGAACUCAAUUUUACUGAUGUAGUUGCAGAAAGAAAUCGAAAAAAGAGUUAUGAAGUGGAAUUUAAUGUUCAUUCAGUUGAAGGUAUUGUCAAAAGUCAAGAUGAUGAGAUUACUCAUGUAUCCAACAUUCUUGGAAUUCAAAAACAACAUGCCGCGACUUUACUUCGACAUUUUCGUUGGAAUAAGGAAAGACUCAUUGAACGUUACAUGGAUGAUUCAGGAAGUGUCUUGAGAACAGCAGGUGUAAUAACUGAUGAUUCUAGAGUACCUAAAUUUAUGAAAGUUCGUGGUUUCGUGUGUGAAAUUUGUUGUGACGAUGACUGUGAUUUGGAUACUUUAGCACUAUCAUGUGAUCACAGGUUUUGUAGAAAUUGUUACGAACAUUACUUGACACAAAAAAUUAAAGAAGAAGGCGAAAGUCGGAGAAUAAUGUGUAUGGCUAGUAAUUGUAAUGUUAUCGCUGAUGAAAAAACAGUAGAAUUGGCGGUUAGUCCAGAAAUACAUAGCAGAUAUCGUACACUACUAAACCGAACUUACGUGGAUGAUAAUGAAUAUUUACGAUGGUGUCCAGCUCCUAGUUGUGAAUAUGCAGUUGAGUGUCAUGUUCCAAAUACUUCCCUUACGCGUAUCGUACCAACAGUUGAAUGCUUUUGUUGUCAUCGCUUUUGUUUUGGUUGUGGUUUACCAGAUCAUCAACCAUCCGUUUGUAUGUUGGUAAAAAAAUGGGUUAAAAAAUGUGAAGAUGAUUCUGAGACAGCUAAUUGGAUCUCUGCACAUACCAAAGAAUGCGGGAAAUGUCAUUCCACUAUCGAAAAAAAUGGUGGUUGUAACCAUAUGACUUGCCGUAAAUGCAAAUAUGAAUUUUGCUGGGUUUGCAUGGGUCCUUGGUCAGAGCAUGGAACUAGUUGGUAUAAUUGUAAUCGAUAUGAUGAAAAAAGUAGUCAAGAUGCAAGAGAUCAACAAGCUAAAUCCCGGGCAUCUUUGGAACGAUAUCUUCAUUAUUAUAAUCGAUUUGCUAAUCAUGAACAAUCCGCUAAGCUUGAUCGUGAACUUUAUAACAAGACUGAAAAAAAAAUGGAAGAAAUGCAACAAACUUCAGAUUUAUCUUGGAUCGAAGUUCAAUUUCUUAAGAAAGCUGUUGAUAUCCUUGUCCAAUGUCGUAUGACUCUUAAAUGGACAUACGCGUUCGCUUUCUAUCUCGUUCGAAAUAAUCAAACUGAAAUAUUUGAAGACAACCAACGAGAUCUUGAAAUGGCUGUCGAACAACUUUCUGAAUUAUUAGAAAAACCCAUUGAAGCCGAAAAAAUUACUGAAUUGAAACAAGAAGUCUUAAAUAAAACUGUUUAUGUUGGUAGUCGAAGAGAAGUAUUGUUAGAAGACACUGCCAAGGGAUUGUCUGAAGGACGUUGGGAAUUUCAGAAAUGA